AUGGGCCUGUUCAGUAGACGACGAAGGAGCCCCCCGACGGACGAGGAGGCGGCGGCUGCCAACGGCUCCGCGGUCGGCGCAAACGAGAAGCCAAAUCCAUACGAAGGUGGCGAUGAAUAUGACGUUCUAUUACACUAUGCACAUGACGAAGCCGCAAAACUGUCUCAUGGGGAAGAUGAGGAGGAAGACAAGGACGAGGGCAAGAUGGUGCGGCUGUGGUACGCGCCGUGGAAAAAGGUGAAGAAGGGCGGGAAGCAAGAGCGCAAGGUCCCUCAAGAGUGGCUGCAGACGGACAUGACGCGCGGACUGGCGUCGUCGGAAGUAGACCAGCACCGGCAGGGGUUCGGGUACAAUGAGCUCCAGAGCCGGGAGGAGAACCAGAUCCUCAAAUUCAUCUCGUACUUCCGCGGCCCCAUUCUGUACGUGAUGGAGAUUGCGGUCAUCCUUUCGGCUGGCCUGCGCGACUGGAUAGACUUUGGCGUGAUCAUCGCGAUCCUGUUCCUGAACGCCGGUGUCGGUUGGUACCAGGAAAAGCAAGCUGGAGACAUCGUCGCACAGCUCAAGGCCGGCAUUGCGAUGCGGGCUACGGUGGUGCGCGACGGGCGCGAGCAGGAGAUUGAGGCGCGGGAUCUCGUCGUCGGGGACAUCGUGGUGCUCGAGGAGGGUGGCACGAUCCCUGCAGAUGCGAAGAUUCUCGCGGACUACAACGACAAGACCGGCCAGCGGUCGAAGCCAGCCCUCGCCCGGCGCAAGUCGACGUCCUCGAACAUGUCCUCGGGCUCGACCGCGUCACGCGACAAGGGUCCGUCCUUGUGCUCCGUCGACCAGAGCGCGAUCACCGGUGAGAGUCUGGCGGUGGACAAGUAUAUCGGCGACACGGCGUAUUACACGUGUGGUGUUAAGCGCGGGAAGCUUUAUGGGUUGGUGCUCUGCCCUGCAUCGCAGAGCUUCGUCGGGCGAACAGCAAAGCUCGUCAUGGAUUCGAACGAGCGCGGACACUUCCAGAUCGUGCUUGGUGGGAUAGGUUCCGUCUUACUCUUCCUCGUCGUCGGGUUCAUCUUCAUCACAUGGAUUGGCGGAUUCUUCCGAGGCAUCGGCAUAGCAGAGCCUUCGGAGAAUAAUUUGCUGGUGUAUGCGUUGAUCUUCUUUAUCAUUGGUGUCCCUGUUGGUCUACCAUGUGUCACCACAACGACUAUGGCGGUCGGCGCUGCAUACCUCGCAAGGCGCAAGGCGAUCGUGCAGAAACUGACGGCUAUCGAAUCCCUCGCUGGCGUCGACAUGCUGUGCUCGGACAAGACAGGCACGCUAACUGCAAACAAGCUCAGCCUGAACGACCCAUACAUCGCUCCAGGGGUUGACCCAGACUGGUUCAUGACGGUCGCGGUCCUCGCAUCCUCGCACAACGUCAAGAGCCUGGACCCGAUCGACAAGGUGACGAUCAUCGGGCUAAAGGACUUUCCGAAGGCGCAGGAGAACCUCCGGGCCGGGUGGACGACGCACAAGUUCACGCCGUUCGACCCGGUGUCGAAGCGGAUCACGGCGGAGGUCGAGCGCGACGGCAGGCGGUUCACGUGUGCGAAGGGCGCGCCAAACGCGAUCCUGCGGCUGCAACAGUUCCCGCAGGAGACGGUCGACCAGUACCGGGCGCAAGCACAGGAGUUCGCGCAGAGGGGCUUCCGCUCGCUCGGCGUGGCGAUCAAGGAGAGCGACCAGCCGUGGCAGUUGCUCGGCAUGCUAUGCAUGUUCGAUCCGCCCCGUCCGGACACCGCGGCAACCAUACGGGAAGCCAUCGACCUGGGCGUGCACAUCAAGAUGCUCACGGGCGACGCGGUUGCGAUCGCGAUCGAGACGUGCAAGCAGCUGUCGCUGGGGACAAACGUGUAUGACUCAGAGCGACUCAUCGGCGGAUCGAUGACGGGCUCGGAGGUGCGCGACUUCGUCGAGGCAGCGGACGGUUUCGCGGAGGUGUACCCCGAGCACAAGUAUCAGGUCGUGCAGAUGCUGCAGCAACGCGGGCAUUUGACUGCUAUGACUGGCGAUGGCGUAAACGAUGCUCCCUCUCUCAAGAAGGCUGACUGCGGUAUUGCCGUGGAAGGCGCUUCGGACGCUGCACGAUCCGCGGCAGACGUGGUGUUCUUGGACGAAGGCCUCAGCACGAUCAUUACAAGUAUCAAGGUUGCGCGCCAGAUUUUCCACCGCAUGAAGUCGUACAUCGUGUACCGUAUUGCACUUUGUAUCCAUCUUGAAGUCUACUUAAUGCUCUCGAUGCUCAUCCUCAACGAGACCAUCCGUGUCGACCUCAUCGUCUUCCUCGCCAUCUUUGCCGAUGUCGCGACCAUCGCCAUCGCCUACGAUAAUGCCCCCUUUGACCGCAAGCCCGUCGACUGGCAGCUGCCCAAGGUCUGGAUUGUCUCGACGGUUAUGGGCCUGGUGCUGGCUGGUGGGACGUGGAUCAUCCGCGGGACGCUCUUCCUGACCGACAAGGGCAUCGUUCAGAACUUCGGCAGCGUACAGGAAAUUCUCUUCCUCGAGGUCGCACUGACGGAGUCCUGGGUUAUUAUGAUCACGCGCAUGAGCCAAGGCCCCGACUCAGGCCCGUUCGUGUGGCCGUCGUGGCAGCUCGUCGGCGCCGUCCUUGGCGUGGAUGUCCUCGCCACUUUGUUUACGCUCUUCGGGUGGAUAUCUGGCCCGGCGCCUCAUGGAGGAUGGACGGACAUCGUCACGGUUAUCAAGAUUUGGCUGUUUGCGUUCGGCGUGACUGUCGUUGUCGGCUUCGUAUAUAUAAUUCUCAAUAAAUUUAGGUGGCUCGAUAACAUCGGCAGACGUGUCCGCAGCAAGAAGGACGCGAAGUUCGAGAAUUUCAUCACGGAAAUGCAGCGGCUCACGCUCGUGCACGAGCGCGACUCGCGCGGAGAAUCGAUCUACCGGAUAUCGGGCAGCUCGUCGUCAACGAACGAGAAGAAAGAUGAGAAGAAAGACGAGAAGAAGAACGGGAGGCCCAAGAACGAACAGCGCAGGCCGAGCGCCGACUCACAGAGCCAGCAGACGCAGGUCGGCGACGCUAAGAGCGAGAAGAGCGCGCAGGAGGGACGCAGGCCCGCGCUGCAGGAUCAGCCCUCGCGGACACCAGUAUAG